AUGGUGUUUGGAAACCCUCUAAAAACAAGAGAUGGAGACAUUGUUAUUGUCACAGGCGAACACAAAAACCAAGAAAAGAUACCUUUCUUGGAAGUCCAGCUCCUGGACAAGUAUCCUGAACUCCUAGACGCAGAAGAUGUUGGUUCUAGUACCGGACAAAUUAAGCAUAUAGAACAGAGCAAUAGAAUUAAACAGGGAGAUGGAAAAUAA